AUGAUUUUCCCAUCAUUUAAAAACAAAAAUUCAGUCUAUGAUUUCGCUACACAGAUUAUGAAUUUGGGUGGAAGUAUUAUUGGCGAAAAAGAAUUUCCUACAAAUAACGGAUACGGUGGAUAUGGAAGAGCACUUAAAAUGAAAGAAAACAGUUUAAAUCAACGCUUUGGAGCAACACCAAUGGGUCUACCUUAUAGUGAAUAUGGAGGAGGCUCUUCAACUUCUCAAGAUAGAAGCUCCCCCUACGACCCCUAUGAUCUUGGUUAUGGUUCUAGUUUAUAUUCAAAUGGAUAUGGAAAUAACGUAAAAAGAGAGGGACCAAAUUCAAAUAUUGAAGGGAUAUUAAAAGCUUUGGUUAGAAGUGGAGCCAAAAAAGCUGAAGUUGCUGAACCUGACGGAACUACUUCAUUUCUUAGCCAAUUUUUCGGAAGAUAAAAUAAUUUAUUGUUUUUCAAUUUAUUUUUUCUUAAAUAAAUUUUUAAAGACCAAAAAAUAAUUGUCAGAAAUAGAGUA